AUGAGCAAUAAUAAGGCGCGCAAUAAUAAUUCAAUUGCUAGUGCUGGAUUUGAGAGAGCAAUUGUUAAACGUCAGACUGGGAAGCUUGCUCAAUUAUUUUCUAUGCUACCUAUAAUAGGUUCUAAAAGUUCCCAAAUAGUAGCGGUCCUCCAUCUUAAUGGUAUAAUAGGUAAAGUCAAUGCGGUUAAAUUAGGGUUAAAUAUUGAAACCUUAAAUGAGUUAAUAGAAAGAGCUUUUGAUACCAGAAAUCUUGUCGCUAUUUGCCUAACUAUUAAUUCUCCUGGUGGUUCUCCUGUGCAGUCUGAUUUAAUUGCCAAACGUAUUAGAGGGUUGGCGGUGGAAAAGGAAAUACCGGUUUAUAGUUUUGUAGAGGAUGUGGCAGCAUCAGGUGGAUAUUGGCUUGCUUGUAUUGGCGAUAAAAUAUACGCUUCUAAAAGCUCAAUUAUUGGUAGUAUAGGGGUUAUUUCAGCAGGUUUUGGCUUUCCUACUGCUAUCAAUAAGUUAGGGAUAGAAAGAAGAGUCUAUACUGAAGGAAAAAAUAAAGCUAUCCUUGAUCCAUUUCAGCCGGUCCAAGAAAAGGAUGUCAAAAUUAUUAAGAAUUUACAAAAACAAAUACAUGAGCAUUUUAUAGAUUAUGUGAAAGAACGACGGAUUGGUAAAUUAACUCAGGAAGAUAAUAUUUUGUUUAACGGAGAAUUUUGGUGUGGUCAAACUGCAGUUGAUUUUGGAUUAAUUGACGGUUUAGAGGAUAUGUAUAGUUUCAUAAAACAAAAAUAUGAGGAUGCUACUAUUAAACAUAUUACUGCAAAACAAUCCUGGAUUAAGAAGAGUUUGAGUGCGAUGAAUUUUAUUGAUGAAGCUAAGAUAUAUUUAAAAGCUGGUAACGGUGGUCAUGGGGCGGUAAGCUUUCGCCGGGAAAAAUAUAUUGAUAAUGGAGGACCUGACGGUGGUGAUGGCGGUCGUGGUGGUGGCAUAAUAUUGCAAAGUAAUGCUCACCUGAAUACUUUAGUAAAUUUUAGAUAUAAGCAGCAUUUUAAAGCAGAGAAUGGUGAAAAUGGGAAAGGUGCAAACAGAAGCGGCAAGUCUAGAGUGCCAAUAAUUUUACAAGUACCAGUGGGAACUCAAAUAUUUUCCGAGAAUGCUGAUUUCUUACUAUAUGAUUUUAUUGCAGAUCAGCAAAGUUUUGAAAUACUUAAAGGGGGCAAAGGAGGGCUGGGUAAUAGUCAUUUUAAGUCAUCUAUUAACCAAGCUCCACGGCGUAGUACAGAAGGUGAAGUAGGGGAAGAGCUAUGGGUCAAUUUGCGCUUAAAGCUUAUUUCUGACGUUGGCCUUAUUGGUUUGCCUAAUGCAGGCAAAUCUACUUUCUUAGCCUCUACCACUGCUGCCAAACCUAAAAUUGCUGAUUAUCCUUUUACUACCCUAACCCCAAAUUUGGGGGUAGUUUACUUAGAUAAUGAAGAAUUUGUGAUAGCUGAUAUUCCUGGCUUAAUUGAAGGUGCUUCUCUUGGUCAUGGGCUUGGUGACAAGUUCUUAAAACAUAUUGAAAGAUGUAAUGUAUUAAUUCAUUUACUAGACGCCACAAGUGAAAAUAUCCAAGCUAAUUAUUUAACUAUUAGAAAUGAAUUGAACUCUUACUCAGAUUUAUUAGAAAAGAAAAUAGAAAUAAUUUGUUUAAAUAAGGCUGAUGCUUUACUCGCGCAAGAAGCACAAGUGAAGCUUAGCCAAUUGCAGGAAGUAGUUAAAGCAGAAAUUUUUAUAAUUUCCUCUUCUGCGAGCAUCGGCUUAAAUACGCGGC